AUGACCCUUCGUAGGACGAACGCAAGCCCGUUAAGUGGUGGCCAGGGCUUGAGCUUGUUAACUAUUGCCUGCUCGAGACGAUUCCGAUUACUUACCGCUGCCGCCGCUGCUACUGGCCUCUUCCUAUGGCUUCUUCUAAAUCAUACCUCUCCGGCCAAAGUACCGGACUGGUCCGCGUUAGGAUGGAAGGCAGGUAGCGACAAUUCACCGCCUGACCAGAUUGACCACACCAUCUGGUCGAGGUUCGCCUAUGUACAAUAUGUUACGAAUAGUGCCUACUUGUGCAACUCUGUUAUGAUCUUCGAGACACUUCACCGGCUGGGCAGCAAGGCGGAUCGUGUCAUGAUGUAUCCAUCCAAUAUGAUGGACCCGGCCGCAACCGGGGCUUCCACGCCGGACGGGGAGCUGUUGAUUAAGGCCCGCGAUCAGUACGGCGUCCGCUUGUCGCCCAUAUCGGUGCACCAUAGGGACAGCGAGGAAGGUACCUGGGCCGACUCAUUCACAAAGCUUCUGGCCUUUAACCAAACGGACUAUAGCCGUGUUCUUGUUCUCGACUCGGACGCCGUCGUGCUGCAAUUGAUGGACGAGCUAUUCCUUCUCCCGCCGUGCACCGCCGCGAUGCCUCGCGCGUACUGGCUUCAUCCGGACAAGAAGAUACUUACAUCACUCCUUAUGUUAAUCGAACCAAAUGUUGUCGAGUUUUCACGAGUGAUGGAUAAGAUUGAGAGUGCCGGCAGAAACGAUUACGAUAUGGAGAUUGUGAACGACUUAUAUAUAGACAGCGCCAUGGUCCUUCCUCACCGCCGAUAUGCUAUGCUUUCGGCCGAGUUCCGCUCAGAUGGCCAUGCUCUGUAUCUCGGCUCCGAUCGGGAAGUGUGGGAUCCUGUGGCCGCGUAUAACGAGGCAAAAAUUAUCCACUUCUCCGAUUGGCCAGUGGCCAAGCCGUGGCUUCCGACGCCAGCGGAAGUAAUCCAGAAAUAUGAGCCCAAGUGCCGAAUGAAGGACGGUUUGGAAACAUGCGUCGAGAGAGAGCUAUGGUACCGCCUAUACGACGACUUUCGAAGGUACCGACGGGAAAUCUGUCCAACAGGUGGAGACCGGUAA